GCGUGGCUCGCUCGGUCUCCCUUCCCUUCCCAAAACUAGGGCAUUUCCGUGUGUGUUUGUGUGUGUCUGUGUCCGUGUGGGUGCCUGCCUGGGUGUAUCUGCGCGUAGGUCACAAUAAUAGCUCCUUAACGCUUCCGAGCUGCUUAGCUUGCAAGGAGAAAGCCCUGCAGCAGCGGCUGUUUGUUGAACGAUGUAAGGCGGGGAGGCUCCCCCCCCUUGCCUUGCCUGCCUGCCUCUCGCUCGCUGCCUUUCCAAUCCCUUUUCCCCGUCCCCUCCUCUCCUGGAGCCGCCCCGCCGCUCUCCUUACUCUUCCCUUUCCUUCCUUCCUUCCCUCCCUCCCCGCCAUGCCAGACCAGAUCUCCGUGUCGGAAUUCGUGUCCGAGACCAAUGAGGAUUACAAGUCGCCCACCGCCUCCAACUUCACCACCCGGAUGGUUCAGUGCCGGAACACCGUGACGGCCAUCGAGGAGGCCUUGGAUGUUGACCGAACUGUUCUUUAUAAGAUGAAGAAAUCUGUAAAAGCUAUAAAUGUUUCUGGUUUGGCUCACGUGGAAAAUGAAGAGCAGUAUACUCAAGCUUUGGAGAAAUUUGGAGGCAACUGCGUCUGUAGGGAUGAUCCAGAUUUAGGAACAGCAUUUUUAAAAUUUGCAGUAUUUACAAAGGAAUUGACAGCGCUCUUCAAAAACUUGAUCCAGAACAUGAACAAUAUAAUCACGUUUCCACUGGACAGUUUGCUAAAGGGCGAUCUGAAAGGCGUAAAAGGGGAUUUAAAGAAGCCGUUUGAUAAAGCAUGGAAAGACUAUGAAACCAAAGUUACAAAAAUAGAAAAAGAGAAAAAAGAACAUGCUAAGUUGCACGGAAUGAUUCGUACAGAAAUUAGUGGGGCCGAAAUAGCAGAAGAGAUGGAAAAAGAGCGAAGAUUCUUCCAAUUGCAGAUGUGUGAGUAUCUCCUGAAAGUCAAUGAGAUCAAGAUUAAGAAAGGAGUUGACUUGCUUCAAAAUCUAAUCAAGUAUUUCCACGCGCAGUGCAACUUCUUUCAGGAUGGCCUGAAAGCGGUUGAAAGCCUCAAACCCUCAAUAGAAAAGCUCUCCACAGAUCUUCACAGUAUAAAGCAAGUGCAGGAUGAAGAAAGAAAGCAAUUAAUUCAACUUAGGGAUAUUUUAAAAUCUGCACUUCAGGUUGAUCAGAAGGAGUCUAGGAGAGAUUCUCAACUCCGUCAAAGUACAACGUACAGUUUACACCAACCUCAGGGAAAUAAGGAGCAUGGCACUGAAAGAGAUGGCAGCCUUUAUAAGAAAAGUGAUGGAAUCAGGAAGGUAUGGCAGAAGAGAAAGUGCAUUGUUAAAAAUGGCUUCCUAACUAUUUCCCAUGGUACAGCAAACCGACCUCCUGCAAAGCUCAAUCUGUUAACUUGCCAAGUGAAAACAAAUCCAGAAGAGAAAAAAUGUUUUGACCUCAUAUCACAUGACAGAACGUAUCAUUUCCAAGCAGAGGAUGAACAGGACUGUCAAAUUUGGAUAUCUGUACUGCAGAAUAGUAAAGAAGAAGCUUUAAACAAUGCCUUCAAAGGUGAUGAUAACACAGGAGAAAACAACAUUGUCCAAGAACUGACAAAAGAAAUAAUAUCUGAUGUGCAAAGAAUGUCUGGAAAUGACAUGUGUUGUGACUGUGGAGCACAAGAUCCAACAUGGCUCUCAACAAAUUUGGGCAUUUUGACUUGCAUUGAAUGUUCAGGAAUACACCGAGAACUUGGUGUUCACUAUUCCAGAAUGCAGUCACUUACAUUAGAUGUGCUGGGUACAUCUGAAUUGCUGCUUGCUAAGAAUAUUGGGAAUGCAGGAUUUAAUGAGAUUAUGGAAUUUUGUCUGCCAGCAGAUGAACUAGUCAAACCCAAUCCAAGCAGCGAUAUGAAUGCUAGAAAAGAUUAUAUUAAUGCCAAAUAUAUUGAAAGAAAAUAUGCAAGGAAAAAAUACACUGACAAUGUGACUAAGCUACAAAACCUUUGUGAAGCCGUCAGAGCAAGAGAUAUUUUUGGACUUGUUCAAGUGUACGCUGACGGGGUGGACCUAACGGAGAAAAUUCCAUUAGCAAAUGGUCAUGAACAAGAUGAAACUGCCCUUCAUCUUGCAGUGCGAUCGGUAGAUCGGACUUCACUUCACAUAGUUGACUUCUUGGUACAGAACAGUGGCAAUCUUGACAAGCAGACGUGUAAAGGCAGCACAGCUCUGCAUUACUGCUGCUUAACAGAUAAUGUGGAGUGCCUCAAACUGCUUCUGAGAGGGAAGGCUUCAAUUGAAAUAGCAAAUGAAGCUGGAGAAACACCACUUGAUAUAGCUAAACGGUUAAAGCAUGCACACUGUGAAGAGCUGCUUGCUCAGGCUCUGGCUGGAAGGCUUAAUUCUCACGUCCACGUAGAAUAUGAAUGGCGGUUACUUCAUGAAGACCUGGAUGAAAGUGACGAUGACGUGGAUGAAAAACUGCAGCAAGCCAGCCCCAGUCGAAGAGAGGACAGACCUGUGAGUUUCUAUCAGCUAGGAUCAAGCCAGCUUCAGCCUAAUGUCGCAUCUCUGGCAAGAGAUGCUGCCAAUGUAGCCAAGGACAAACAGAGAGGUUUCAUGCCAAGCCUAUUGCAAAAUGAGACCUAUGGAGCUGUCCUCAGUAGCAGCCCACCUCCCGCUCAGCCUGCAGCACCUGUUACCAAUGCACCUCCCUUGCCGCCCAGGAAUAUUGGGAAAGUUCAGUCUUCAUUUCUUGGCAGUGCUGUUCAGACAACUCCUUCAUCGAACACACUGUGGAAGACAAAUUCUUUAGGAAUGGAAAGCAUAAGCAGGCAAAGGUCUUCAUCAGAUCCACCAACUGUCCACCCCCCUGUUCCACCAUUGCGUGUAACAUCUACAAACCUCCUCUCUUCAGCACCUCCAGCUGCAAAGGCAGCCUGUGGGCUUGAAGCUUUGAACCAGCAGUCAAAACAACCGACUAUACCACAGGCCAAACCUGCGCCGCCACCACUUCCUCCGCAGCCUCCAAGUCGAAUAUCUCAGAAAAAGCCUCUUUCUGGGACUGACAAGUCAUCCAACUUAACUAACAAGAGUAAGGGCCCUGGAUCUCUGCAGUCUUGUGUUGAGACUUCCUCUGCAUCUGAGACUGCUGGAUCUCAAAUUGCCCCUUCUACCAACGUAUCAGUGCCAAUCCAGCCUCCGGCACCAAUGCCAAGAAAGUCCCAAAUAUCAAAAACCAAGCCCAAAAGGGUAAAAGCAAUCUAUAACUGUGUAGCAGAUAAUCCCGAUGAGCUCACAUUUUCAGAAGGCGACAUCAUCAUAGUUGAUGGGGAGGAAGAUCAGGAGUGGUGGAUUGGGCAUAUUGAUGGAGAUCCUAAUCGAAAAGGUGCUUUUCCUGUAUCAUUUGUGCACUUUAUUGUUGAUUAAACAGCUCCUUGCAAGUGGAGAGAGUUUCCCUUUCUAUAUUUCAUUGGGACUCCCUGUCAUCAUCAAAUGCCUCACUGGAAUACUUCAAAGUAAUAUAGUUGAAUCUUCAUUAUUGCAGUUCUUAAAAUUAUUUUCCAUAGGACUUUUAUAACAGAGCCACUCAAAAAUGUUUGUGAUGAUUGCUGAAAGCUGCAAAAAAAAAAAAAAAAAAAAAAAAGAACCCAAAUCCAUGACAAUGUGAAAGGCGUAUUAAGAAAGCUAGAAGAUUAAUCUCUUGACUGCACUAAUAUGUUACAUUUUAGUGCCAAUGUCAGGCCUACAAUAAGUAUUUAACUUUUGUGGUGAGUAUGGCUUUUGAGAUCAGUCUCGGAUUGUUAAGUAAGUUGACAAUUGAAAUUUCAUUUUAAAGAAUGAAAGUUUCUUUUGGUUUUAUUUAGUACAUUAAAACACUUUUAAGAAAAAUAAGAACAUCCGCUCAGUUGUGACA